AUGACUCUGUUUCAGGUAUAUGCUUCCACUAAGGCUGAGCAAACCAUAGAUAUCAAUGUUUCCUUUGUAUUCAACCGAUCAGCAUCUUCAUUCCGAGAGUCAGCUGUUAUUCAGCCCAGUCCUGACACUGGUGUUUGCCCCCUGGGACACUUCCCCUGUGGUAACCUCACGGAAUGCCUGCCCCAGCCGCUACACUGCAAUGGGGUCGCGGACUGCGUCAAUGGAGCCGACGAGGAGAACUGCGUUGAUAACAGUGGAUGGCCUCAUCUUUUUGAUGCCUUUUUAAAGAAAAAUGUUGAAGAGACAAAGGACUGUUUGCUGGAUUUCAAUUCUGAGGACUGUCAGUGCGAGGGCAGAAGAAUAGAUUGCAGUAACAAGGACCUGCAUGCUGUGCCAGCGGUCUCCUCCAACGUGACUGCUCUAGAUCUGAAGAACAAUCACAUCAGAUCUUUAUCAGCUGACUUAUUUAUCAGAUACAAAAACCUGGAGAGGCUACACUUGCAGAAUAACAGCAUUGGAAUCAUAUCUAACAAGGCCUUUUCAGGACUUUUCAAACUUCAGAAACUAUUCCUCAACCAAAAUCACAUCACCACGCUGAAGGCAGGGGUCUUCCGGGAUCUUCAUCACCUCGAAUGGCUAAUUCUGGAUGACAACAAAAUAAGCACGAUCACUCAGAAGUCAUUUAUAGGACUCCAGUCCCUUUUCUUUCUAUCUCUUCUGAACAAUUCACUGGAGCAAGUCCCCAGGAGGUCCAUCUGUGUGGAAAUUCCAAGAUUAAACUGGCUAGAAAUGGAAGGAAAUAUGAUUCGAUCCCUGCACUGUUCAGCUUUCAGAGAAUGUGCUGCCUUGACAGUGCUAGUGCUGCGCAGGAACCGAAUAAGGAUGCUUGAAGAAGACACAUUUUCUGCCAUGCACAAGCUCAUAGAAUUAGACUUGUCCAUCAAUAGAAUUCAAGAGCUGCCGCCUGCUUUGUUCCGAAACCUACACAGUCUGAAGCAGCUAAAUAUUUCACACAACCCUCUGUCUCAAAUCCACGAUGAUCAGUUUGACAGCCUCGUUCAUUUGCAGUCACUAAGUAUAGAGGGAAUAGAAAUUCAAAACAUGCACAAUCGAAUGUUUAAAAAUCUGGGAAACCUUUCACACAUAUAUUUUAAGAAGUUUGAGUACUGUGGCUAUUCACCGAACGUGCGCAGCUGCAAGCCCAACACUGACGGCAUCUCCUCCUUCGAGAACCUGCUGGCUAAUAUCAUCCUGCGAGUGUUUGUCUGGGUGGUGGCCUGCAUCACCUGCUUCGGCAAUGUGUUUGUGAUCUGCCUGAGGUCCUGCAUCGCUUCAGAGAACAGGCACCACACCAUGUCUAUCAAGUCUUUGUGCUGCGCAGACUGCUUGAUGGGGGUCUACCUCUUCUUCAUUGGCGCGUUUGACAUCAAGUACUAUGGGGAGUACAACCGUCAUGCCCAGAACUGGAUGGAAAGCACACAGUGCCAGCUCAUUGGUUCCCUGGCUAUGCUGUCCACUGAAAUAUCAGUCAUGCUGUUGACAUACAUGACCCUGGAGAAGUACCUCUGCAUAGUCUUCCCCUUCAAUAACUACCGUGCCGGCAAGAAGCAGACCCUCUCCACCCUCAUCGCUAUCUGGGUGUUGGGCUUCAUCAUUGCAGUGAUCCCUUUCUGGGACAAGGACUCCUUUGGGAACUACUACGGGAGGAACGGAGUCUGCUUCCCCCUCCACUCCGACCGGACUGGGAAACCUGGAGCGAGGAGCUAUUCCACUGGGAUAUUUCUUGGCUUAAACUUGUUUGCCUUCAUCACCAUAGUCUUCUCCUACACCAGCAUGUUUUAUUCAAUUCGGAAAACUGGAGCCCAGACGGCCAAGCGGAGCGUCUUCCACCGAGAGGUGGCCAUCGCCAAGCGCUUCUUCUUUAUCGUUUUCACCGACGCCCUCUGCUGGAUUCCUAUAUUUCUACUCAAAAUCCUCUCGCUGUUGCAGGUGGAAAUACCGGGUACCAUAACCUCCUGGGUGGUGAUCUUCAUCCUGCCAAUCAACAGUGCGCUGAACCCCAUCCUGUACAGCAUCACCACCACUUCCUUUCAGGAGAGACUCAAGCACUGCCUGCAGAUGAAAUGGAAGCAGCUGGGAGUCAAAGACCGUCGCCAAAGCACUGCCAUGUCAACCAUAAACACAGCAAUGUCAUGACGCGUCUGACAGCGUCGGGGCGGGGCGGGGCGGGCUAUCCACCUGUCCUGUAAACUCACCAGGGAUUCAAUGAGGAUCAUUCUGCCAGUCACUCAAGACAUGAAGCCAGGAUCCCAAGAUGUCACUGAACUGAGUUCGCUCUUUUGCCUCCCCGAUUCUCAAUCGCUGCCAUUGUCGUCAGCUUAUUUUCAACAGUGUUGACAGUGUACACGGCGAUGGAGCACCUUGAACUCACUCCAAGAUUGUGUGUUGAAGACAGCUUUGCUUAAUUACAUGGAACCAAAAUUGGGAGGUGGAUGUAAAACUAGCCAGGCUUUUAAUUGCUACAGCAUUUAAAUAGAGUUGUUCUUUGUAUUGAUGAGUUACUCUCCUCCAUGACCUCUCAGUUCACAAUCGCAAAUUGUAGAAAUACAGAUUCCUGACUCUUGUAGCAAAACAAAAAAAAAAAAAAAAAAAAUACCAAAAAAAACCCCACCUUUCACUGCUCUUGUGUUUCUGUAUUGUGAGCACUACACUCUUCCGGUAUCUAUAAUGUGAGUACAAGUUUCUUUGCUUUUUCACUGUCCCUUUGGGGUUUGUAAACUAGAUUAUUUACAGUAGAUGAAUUACAAAUAAAAUGAAAAGGUAGACACCAGGGGCAAGAGGGAGUAUUUACCCAUCACCCAUCGAAAUCUAUGGCUGUGUGUUUUUAAUAGGGAGACCUCAACUUCUCAGUUACUCUUGUCACUGCCUAGCCAAGUUGGAGCUGUUCAAAUGCUACCUCCUAGUGGCAAUCAAAGGGAACUGCAACACAUGAUCACAGAAAGUUAGUCAUCAGCUGAGAUUUCAAAGUGUGCCAUUUCAGCAAAACGGUGAGAAAAAAACAAAGCACAGAAUGACCGGGUUGGCAAUGAACUAGGAAGGAAGCUGCAGUUUUGGUUCCUCCGUUUCAAACACCAGAGAGAUUAAUAGGAAACAUUUGCUUCUCUUCACACACGAACCCUGCUGUGUCGUCUAGCUUCUGUCUUACAAACCUCUACCUCAUCAAAAAGCGAUUCAAACAAGAACUACUGCAUGCUGUCCUUUCACAUGAUUGUGAAUGGCGAGGACAACAUAGCAAUGCUAAAGCAAGGUAUUUGCCAUUGCCAAUAGGAGACACCUUCAGUGUUAGAGAUCUGUGGAUAGACUCCCCGUGAUAAGUGGCAUCUUGAGGUUAAGGAGGUCCUGGGUGUGGUGGGGGCUUCAGGAGUAAAAACAAUUUCACAUUGUGAGGAACUUCCCCUUGCCUGGGACGAGUCGAUCAGUCAACCAUGGAGAAUGCCUGUUUACUCUUAUUGUAACAGAAGGAAUCUUGUAUUUGGAAUUUCAACCAGAAGCGAUAGAGGUAUCUGUUUGUGUUGAUAAUCCAUCAGUUAACAAAUCGGACAAUGAUUUGUAGUAUGGCUACAAUAGCAAUCAGAGAGUAGUUGCUUACAGUUUGGUGCAUGGUAUCCUGCCCUGUGACACACAGAUGCAGACCAUAAGCAGAAAUGUACCUGGUGACAAGAUGUAGGAGGGGUUUUCUAAAACUAAACGAUAGUGGGGAGUAGUACAGGCAGGGGCUGAAUACCACAGGGUCGAUGCCGAGGAGCUGAAAUUCCAGAUACAGGAUUGUAUAUAUGCUGCUGAAUGCCAGAACAUGUCAUGGCUUUGCACAAUGUCUGUACAGAUGAUAAUUAUGCCACAAGCAAUGCUACUGCAGAUGCCAGUGUUCUCUACUGUAAUUAUUUUAAAGAUAACUAAUCAACUACAUUCCACAGCCAUACUCUGGGCGCUAUAUUCUGUAUGCUGUGGCUUGCGGUCGCAUACAUGGCACAUACUGCUUUGUAUGGGUGGAUGUAUGCUACAGAUUGAUGUCGUUUACAUUUUGUUUCUUUCUUUUAAUUGUUUUUAGCACACAAAUGCUGUACAAAAUCUGAUAUCCGUUUGGCUAUUUAAUUUCUAACAAAAGGAACAUGCCAUUGUGUGUCAUUAAUGUAUUAAAUGUAAAGAAAAAAAAAAAAAAGGUUAUUAAACUGUUCACAGCAAAAGCAAACCGAAUGAAGAUAUUUUCAAUAAAAUGUUACAUUCAACAAAAUGUUUUCUAAGCAGACCUAAUUUUUUGUUUGCUUGUUUCUAAUACGCUUGAAGCAAAUGAAACAGAAUGGAAUUAAAAGUCUGGUAACCACUGUAUAAAUUUUCACAUAGAGAGACCGAUACACGCGCGUCUUUACAUGUAUAACGGACGAGGCGAUGCAAGGAAAAUCCCUUUUGUAAACAUCAGGGUUAUUGUUAAGCUGCGGACAUUCAAGGCAACAGAAUAUAUACAGGUAGCAGGAAAGCGCAUUCAAAAAAUAAAAUCCCUGACACAAAUAAAAUAUUUACAUAUUUAUUAAUUAAAAAAAAAAGAAAAUCUGUAUCAUGGUUAGCCUAUUAAUGGCAGUUUUAUGUAAUUAUAGAAUACAAAAUCAUAUAUAAUAGAAAUUCUGUUUGAUAAGCAGUAGCAAAAAUAAACAAGGUUACAAAGAGCCAAUAGACAUUAAUACAUUUAUUAGUUUUAUACAGGGAACUUAAUACUUGCCACAGUCACAGGUACUGUUGCUUUAAGGAUUCACACAUGUUUAAACAUGUUGAAACCGCUGUUAGACGUCCCUUUUUGGAUUUUCUUCAUAAACUUUCUAAAAUGAAAAUUUGGAAACAUUAGCUGCCGUACAAGGUAGAGCAAAGAAAUAAGAGUUAUCCCAUUUAAAAAAAAAAAGAUGCAAGACAUCAAGCCCUGAAAUAUAACAAUGUAACUUUACACACACAAAACAUAAUGCACAGCAGAAACACCUUCUCAAAAAUGUUGAAAUCUGACUUUGUUGUCAACAAAAGAUGGAGAGGACAAGAAACUGGGCCUUCCAUAAACACCAAGACAAGAAAGGGAGUUUUCCUUUUCCAGUGUCAAAAAUAAAACAGAGUAUGGUGCUUUACAAAGACUGGCAGUUUGGGCAUUUCCAGCUAAAAUCUCUCUGAUUUAAAAUGGAAAUGAAUUCUGAAGCCCAUCCCAAUCAAGUUUCGGCUUCUACUGUGUGUUAGUUUCACAUUAUGCAGAUAUUUGACAAGAAUCAUAAGCGAGCAGUGUUACAUAUUACACAUAAUGCCCAACACAUUAAAACAAAUAAAACAGCGAUGUUUGCAAAUUAUAUACACAUACAUAUAGAAUCGACUGACGCAUACAAUAUUCAAAGCGUAUAAAGACAUUAUUAUUAUUUUAUUUACACUAAGAGUAUCCCAUCUUGAACCAGACCAGCACAUGGCGGGAGAGUUUUAGCGAUUUCAUGGCAACAUAGCCUAAAGGAAUUGCAAUUAUACUGAGUAACUGCACAGAACACCUGCUACCCACUGGGAGAAAGACAGCUUUAAAGAAAAAAUGAGAGAUUCCAUUAGUUUUUGUUCCUUAGAAGGGUUGCCUCAGAUAACCUUUGUCAAAAGAACAAGUCAAUUCCUAAGAAAAAAAAAGAAAAAAGCAGCAGCCAUUAAAGCUACAGUAACACUUAAAAUAAUA